CACGUCGCCCUCUCCACUGUAUCUCACCACUGCGGUAGGAUCGGGGCGGCAGGCAGACAGCUGGUACCUUAUAACGCAGCUCACUCGUUCCUGCUCUGCUCAAUCCCAGAGACGACUUUAUCACUUAGGAGAUACUUUCCCCUGUAAGGACACCCUACAACAGCCUCUCCCAGGUUUUCUCCUGUAGCCUGGUGAGAGCGGUGGAAGGAGAAGUUUUUUUGAUGUGUGAUCUGUGUAUGUUUUUAACCACAUCACCAUAACCUUGGAAGACACACCUGAUCGCAGAGCAAGGAUGGGACCGCUACUCCCUUUCAUCGUGUUGUGUUUGAGCGCCGCUGUCCCACACAGUGUGAAAGGAGCAGAUGGUGAGGAUCCAACUUCUCCAGGCCCCUGUCAUCCGAACCCUUGCCACAACAGAGGAACGUGUGAGAUCAGUGAGACGUACAGAGGCGAUACCUUCAUUGGUUAUGUGUGCAAGUGUCCUCCAGGCUUUAGUGGAGUUCACUGCCAGCACAAUAUUAAUGAAUGUGGAAGAGACCCUUGUAAGAAUGGAGGAGUUUGCACUGAUCAGGUUGCUAACUAUUCUUGUGAAUGCCCAGGGGAGUACAUGGGAAGGAACUGCCAAUACAAAUGCUCCGGACCACUGGGCAUGGAGGGUGGUAUAAUCUCCAACCAACAGAUAACAGCCUCCUCCACCCACCGUGCUCUCUUUGGCUUGCAGAAAUGGUACCCAUACUUUGCACGCCUCAACAAGAAGGGUCUGGUCAACGCCUGGACGGCUGCCGAGAAUGACAGAUGGCCAUGGAUCCAGAUAAACCUUCAAAGGAGAAUGAGGGUAACAGGACUGAUUACCCAAGGCGCCAAACGAAUCGGCAGUCCAGAGUAUGUCAAGUCAUACAAAGUAGCAUACAGUGAUGAUGGCAAAACCUGGAGAACAUACAAAGUCAAGGGCAAAGAUGAGGAUAUGAUUUUCAGAGGAAACGUCGAUAACAAUGCUCCAUCAGCCAACUCUUUCACACCUCCCAUUGAAGCCCAAUAUGUACGUGUUUACCCUCAAGUUUGCAGGAGGCACUGCACCUUACGUAUGGAGCUACUUGGCUGUGAGCUGACAGGUUGUUCUGAACCGCUUGGGAUGAAGUCAGGCCAUGUUCAGGAUUAUCAGGUCACGGCUUCCAGCAUUUUCCGAACACUCAACAUGGACAUGUUCACUUGGGAGCCUGGAAAAGCUCGUUUGGACAAACAGGGAAAGGUUAAUGCCUGGACAGCUGGACAUAGUGACCAGUCGCAGUGGCUACAGGUGGAUCUGCUUGUGCCUACCAAGGUUACAGGGAUCAUCACACAGGGAGCUAAAGACUUUGGCCACGUCCAGUUUGUUGGCUCAUACAAAGUAGCUUACAGUAACGAUGGAGAGCGGUGGAAUGUGUAUCAAGAUCAGAAACAGGGAAAAGACAAGGUAUUCCAGGGGAACUUUGACAAUGACACACACAGAAAGAACGUGAUAGAUCCCCCAAUCUAUGCUCGGUUCAUUCGGAUCCUUCCCUGGUCCUGGUACGGCAGGAUCACUUUGCGUGUAGAAAUACUGGGCUGCACAGAGCAAGAGUGAUGUCUCUCUCCUCUCCAUCUUUCUGUCCAUAAUUCCCAGCUCCUUUGGAAAACCGGAGGAAUGAACUGCUCAACAUGUAAAAAGAAAUUGAUUUCCUUUUUUUCCUCAAGAAAUAAGUAUUGAAUAAAUGGUAGUGGGGUCUUGUUAGUUCUUUUGUAUAAUGAUUUUAAAACUGCCCCUGUUUCACUUUUGUCUUUCAGUUUCCUACUCAGUUUCCUACUUCUUUGGCUUUUUAUGCCUCUUAGAAAUGCCAUCCUGUUUGAAAUAAACUUCUGUAACAUAUUGGUGGGGGGUUAGUGUCAGAAAAGGGAUCUCACUGUGGUUUUACUGUGGAAGCUACUGUACAGUGUCACUUUUUAAUCAAGAUGUUAAAUUUGUCUGUUGUGCAUCAUAGAUCAUUAUUAACCAUCUUGUAUUAUGAAUAAACUGUCUAAGGUAUCAUGUAAAAAUAAAAUAUAAUGAAACAUGUUUUUAAUUUCUAAACUGUAGCUCACUCAAGCCAUGAUUUUCCCCAAAGGAACACAUCAGUCACAGAACUAAUACUCUUGUAAUAUAUGUAAAAGAUUAAGAACCUGCAUGGUGCGUGAAUUAUCAAUGUAUAUUUAGACAAAUUAUGGAAAACCUCCGACCCACAGAGCAAAUAGCUUUUAAUUAGGGACCUAUUUUUAUGUGCAUUUUUAGAUAGCUCUGAAAACAUUACUUUAAACGUUGAUAUACGAAUGCUUUAUGAGACAAUAAGCAAACAAAACAGUCAGAUUGUUUUACUGCUUUACGGAAACAUACAGCUGUUAUUUAUUAAAUCUGAUUUGUUGCCCCCUAUUUCUGAUUGUAGCUGGUCUUUUUCUAAAAUCUUAGAUGUUUUGCUUUUUUUUUAAUAUCACUUUUUUUUUGGAUUGUCAGUUGUCAUUGUUAUGAACUAUGUUCUAGUUUCCUCAUGUUGUCUUGGAGAUCUAAGGUGAACUGAUUCAAAAGCUCAGGAUAGGAAUCAUUUGCUAUAAUCCCACAUGUAUACCUUAGUGUAAAAUGUUUGGCCAUCUAAGCUUAUGAUAAACUUACCAUCCACAGAAAAUUGCAGAUGAAUGAAAGAAGCCACUCAAGUCAUCAGCAUAAUGUACAUAUUUCAAAUAAUGUUUUUUUAUGUUGUUUAAUGAAGGUAUUAUUUACUAAUUUGAAAAAUGAAACAAAUGCAGGCUGUGUUACAAAAAUUGUUUAAUUUGCUCAGACAUGGAUUUUUUUAACAGGUAUUGCAGGAUACCUGAGUAUUAAAAUUUUGUGUUGUAAACAGUACAUGUAUGUAACGUAAUACUUGGAGGUUCCUAAACUUCGAAGAGUAUUACACAGGAGUUACAAAUAUGUUGUAGUACCAGUCUUUUCAAAACCUUACAGUAUACUUCUUUCACACUAUUGCUAAUUUUCCUUGCAUUUCACCAGAGAUACGGUACUUUGAAUAAGCAGAGAUCUGGUGCUGUGGCAUAGUCUUAACUCCAAGUGAGAGAGCUGCCACUGAUUUCAAAGAAAAUUACCGGUAUGCCCCAUAAGAAUUACAAUAAUUUGCGACAGGGAAUUAGUAUUAAUUAUCAAUAAUUUGCUAUACUGUACAGACAUUCCUUCCUGUACUAAAGAAGAUCAGCAGACUACAGAGAGUAAGACUUUUUUAUUAGUUGGGCUAACAAAUACUGUUUGUGAAACAUUAACAUUUUACUCUACAAUGGGCAAGCAAUCAUUAAGUAUAAUUAAAAAGAUAGUUGUUACUGCAAAAUGCAACCUCUACUGACACACAUCACCUAGUAAAUAUUUGACCUUUCAUCCCAAUACACAUACACUAUAAACAAUGGCACUAACUGUACAAAACACAGAUAUUUCAUGGAUUGAACAAACUUGUUUGAGAAGGUGCUCUCCAUCUCUUUGCGGUUUGACCAGCAUAAAGAUUUUGAAAUGAGUGAUAAGUUAAGCAAACAUUGGGAUAUGUAACAGUCUCUGUUUGAAAGCAAGGUGUUGGAGUGUGCAACCCGUGAUUGAGGGCACAUAUACA